CUCUCUUUCUCUCUUAUCUAAUUCUCACGCACAUGGCUUAUCUCAUCAUCUCCGAAGUCUUUGCAGCACUCCAACAACCAUUGCUUCUUUAAUACCAACCUUCUCUCUUCUCCUCUCCCACUUCCCAUUCCCUCUCUCUCUUUUCAAUCAUACUUCUCCUCUACUUCUCCUGGAUUCUGGAUGCGUUUCCGUGACGUUUUCCCGUUUUCCGUUUUCCAGUUUUCCGUUUCUCGUUCUCAUUAAACUCCCAGAAUUUUCUCUAUUUAUUAAGCUCCGUCAAAAAAUUUUUAAAAAAAAAGUCAAAGGAAAUCGGCGAGAAUGGCAGCAACCAGAAUCGCCGCCGUGGCGAUUCUUCUCAUCUUCAUCUCGGCGAGUUUUUCCCGAUGUCUCGCGAACCAUCUCGCCGACGAUAAACUCGCGUUGCUGGACUUCAUCUCUCGCGUUCCUCCCAGUCGAAACCUCAACUGGCGGUCAGACACCUCGGUCUGCUCCGACUGGACCGGAAUCACCUGCGACUCGAACCGGUCUCGUGUCACAGCCGUCCGAUUACCUGGGUUCGGCCUCAAUGGCCAGAUCCCUCCCAACACUCUCAGCCGUUUAUCCGCCCUCGAGAUCCUCAGCCUCCGAUCCAACGGCCUCUCUGGUCCUUUCCCUGCUGACUUCUUCAACCUCACCGCCCUCACUGGUCUUCAUCUCCAGUUCAACUCCUUCGUUGGUUCUCUGCCGUCCGAUAUUGGUCUCCUCUCUAAUCUAACGCUUCUCGAUCUCUCGCACAACUUGUUUAAUGGUUCUAUACCUUUCGCCAUUUCCAACCUCGCCGAGCUUGUCUCUCUUAACCUCUCCAACAACUCCUUCUCCGGCGAGCUCCCCGAUCUUGAGUUCCCGAGUCUCAAAUCCCUUAACCUUUCCUAUAAUCAUCUCAAUGGCAGUAUCCCGGCGUCUCUCCGGGGAUUCCCGGCUUCGUCCUUCUCCGGCAACGAUCUUGUGCCGGUGGUCCCUGUCAAUCCGGUGCCAACCCCGGCGCCGUUUCCACCGCCGAGCCGGAAACACCACCAUAAGCUUAGCGAAGGGGUGAUUCUCGGGAUUGCGGUUGGUGGCUGUGUCUUGGUGUUCGCGGUGCUGGCGGUGGUCCUUGUGCUCUGUUGCGGGAAAGGCGGGGAUAAUGUGGUGAUCGGGAAGGGGUCGAAAGGCGAGAGGUCGCCGGAGAAGGUGGUGAGUGGGAGGCAGGAGGAGAGGAACAGGAUGGUGUUUUUCCCGGGGUGUACUUUCGAGUUUGAUCUUGAGGAUCUAUUGACGGCAUCGGCGGAGAUAUUGGGGAAGGGGAUGUGCGGGACGACGUACAAAGCCAUACUGGAGGACGCGACGACAGUGGUGGUGAAGAGGGUGAAGGAUGUGGGAGUUGGGAAGAGGGAUUUCGAGCAGCAGAUGGAGAUGAUUGGGAGGAUACGCCAUGAGAACGUGGUCGAGCUCAGGGCCUAUUACUAUUCCAAGGAUGAGAAGCUCAUUGUAUAUGAUUUCUAUAACCAGGGGAACGUCUCUUCCUUGCUUCAUGCAAAGAGAGGUGAGGACAGGACACCACUUGACUGGGAAACCAGGCUGAGAAUAGCACUUGGAGCAGCAAGAGGAAUUGCCCGCAUUCACAUGGAGAAUAAUGGGAAAUUCAUCCAUGGGAACAUAAAGUCUUCCAAUGUCUUCCUAAAUAAUCAGCAAUAUGGCUGUGUUUCUGACUUUGGUCUCACAUCGCUUAUGGCCACUACUGUGCCUCCUGUGUCUCGAAAUGCUGGAUACCGUGCACCCGAAGUGAUUGACACAAGACGAACAACCCAAGCAUCGGAUGUCUACAGUUUUGGUGUGCUUUUACUUGAACUCCUUACCGGGAAAUCACCCAUCCAUGUGGCCGGCGCUGGUGAGGAAAUGGUGCACUUAGUGCGGUGGGUGCAAUCUGUGGUUAGAGAAGAAUGGACUGCUGAGGUUUUUGAUCUGGAGCUAAUGAGAUAUCCAAACAUAGAGGAAGAGAUGGUAGAGAUGCUUCAGAUUGGAAUGGCUUGUGUUGCGAGGAUGCCAGAGCAGAGGCCCAGGAUGGCCGAUGUUGUGAGAAUGCUCGAAGAUGUAAGAAGGGCAGAUACUGCAAACCGACCUUCAUUGGAGAUAAAAUCAGAUGUUGCAACACCGUCACAAAUACCCAGCACAGGAGGCCCAUCACCACAAAACUAAGGGUUAUUCUUCAUUUAUCGCCCUGUUACUUGUUAAAUUGUCAAGUGGAGGGAUGGAUGUGCAGGGUUUUUUUAUUUUUAUUUUAUUUUUUGUGCAUCAAUUUUCUUCUAUCCUUUUUGGCUCACAUUCUUUGAUCUCCUCAAAGAUGGUCCCUUUCUGUAGGAUUAACUUAAUCCUUAAGAACCAGUAGUCCGACUUCUAUUGCCCUAUUCAUUGUUCUUGUCUUAAAGAGUCUGUUUGAUUUAGGGAACUCAUAUCAUGUGCUUGACGCACAUUUUUAUGCCGUCUGAAUCAUCAACUUAAGAAGUUUAGUGCUUGUGAUUUGUUU